AUGCCUCUCAUCCAAAGCGUACCCGACGCACUACCAUACGUGGAUACUCCGGUACAUGACCAGCAGCUAAGCGCUGCAAACGCCCUCAUCAACGCCGAAAUGCAUCCUGACUGUGCCGCAACUCUGCAUCCUUCGAUCCCAGCGCCUCAGGAAUCCAAGUUGUCGGACUUCGUGGAAGCAGAGCACGCGAGGAUAGCAACCGGACUGCCGAAGGAAGGGGGUCUUGACAUAAGCCGAUACGAGCUGCUCGACCCGGCAGCGAAAGGUGACUUGGAAGGGUGGAAGUCGACACUGGGAAAGGCAUAUGCGAGCGCCGAGUAUCUCCGUGGCAGGAACAUCAAUCUGAGCCUGCUCGAAACUUACGGCAAGAACGCUUGGCUGAUUGGGAAUAGCCAGAUGGAAGAUGUCUUGAAAGGACUGGAGAAGGAACUCCAAGAGGCCAAACUGCAGCAAGAGCAGCUGGAACAGACGCGAAGGACAAUCCAAGCGAAUGCCGCUGGAGAGAUGCACGGUCUGGAAGAGGGAUGGAGGACUGGCAUCGGCAGAAUGAUCGAGACCCAAGCGGCAGGCGAAAGAUUGAGGCACGACAUUCUCGAGCGCAAGAGGCAAGGCGCUUCUUGA